UUUACAGUCCUUUCAUUUUUAUAUAUUUCUUUCUUCCCAGCAUUCGUUGUCUCCAUCCUCAUACAUCACCUGUAUAUAUACUCUUGCCAUUUCCAUCACCUAUUCACAACAGAUUCCCACUGUUCUUCAAUUCUUAUCCACUAACUUUCUACAAUGCCUUCAAUAAUCUCAGAUGUUCAUCAAAAACAACUUGACUUGUACUCAAUUAAAGAAUUACCCGAAUCACAUGCAUGGAAAUCAUCAUCAUUAGAUGAUUAUCCUUCAAGUGAUUCGCGUAAUGUAGAGUCUAUUCCAGUAAUCGAUCUAAACGACGAGAUAUUCGCCAUGGAAAAAAUUGGCCAUGCAUGCAAAACAUGGGGUGCGUUCCAAAUCGUAAACCACAACAUAUCUCAGAGACUACUCAACGAUAUGAAGGCUGCCGGAAAGGGGCUUUUUUCCCUUCCGAUGCAGCAAAAAUUAAAAGCCGCUCGUUCAACCGAUGGCAUCGCUGGCUAUGGGGUGGCUCGAAUUUCUUCUUUCUUCCCUAAGCUCAUGUGGUCCGAAGGGUUCACAAUUUUUGGUUCCCCUCUUGAAAAUGCCCGCCAACUUUGGCCACAUGAUUACAAGAAAUUUUGUGAUGUAAUUGAUGAAUACGAAAAUGAGAUGGAAAAGCUAGCAAGAAGACUGAUGUGCCUGAUGCUUGGGUCACUUGGAAUAACAAAGGACGAUGUGAAAUGGGCUAUAGGCCCAAGAGGAGGAUGCUCAGCCCUACAACUAAAUUCAUACCCGGCUUGUCCGGAUCCAGAUCGGGCCAUGGGUCUUGCUGCACAUACGGAUUCUACCAUAUUAACCAUCCUACACCAAAACAAUACAAGUGGUUUACAAGUAUUUAAAGAAGGGAAUGGUUGGGUCACGGUUCCUCCACUUUGUGGUGCAUUAGUUAUCAACGUGGGUGACUUGUUACACAUAUUGUCAAACGGGUUAUACCCGAGUGUUCUACAUCGGGCCAUAGUGAACCGGACCCGACACCGUCUAUCUGUGGCCUAUUUAUAUGGGCCACCAUCAGGGGUGAAAAUAUCACCACUUUCUAAAUUGGUAGACCAAAGGAACCCUCCAAUGUAUAGGCCAGUGACGUGGAGUGAGUAUUUGGGCACUAAGGCAAAACAUUUUGAUAAGGCACUUUCAUCGGUUCGGCUUUGUGCUCCUCUUAUUGGAUUUGCCAAUUCUAAAGAUCAAAGUGGCGUCCAAGUAGGAUAAUACAACUAGUACUCAACUUUUUUUUUUUUUUUUUCAUUUUGUUUUCUGAAAACACGUAGUAGUAUCUUUUAGUGUUCCUUUUUAACCUUUUGGAAGAAUUUUUGUUAAUAUCUUGAGAGAA